AUGGGGCAACCAGAGUACUCGCGACUCGACGAAGAUGAAGAACAAUCAAAGCAAUAUGAACAGGAAAAUUUACUGAGAUCCUCAUAUCGCUCUCAACUAUCUCGAUCCCCGUUUUUGUACAUACUAGACUUCCUACUCGUGCUCGCAGUUGCUUUCUUGCUCUUCCGACGACAUGCAUACGAAAAGGUGCGGCAAUUCGACCUGGGUAGUGAUAUCACAGGUUACGUACCACAAAUUGACCAUCGCUUGGUCACAUUUACGAAGGAGCCGCAGUUCAUUUCAAAUCACAGCAGUCUAGAGUCUCUUAGGAAGGCUCGGGAGCAUUGGAAGACGCUCGUUCCUCCUGGCCAAGGAUUUGUGGAAGUAGAUGAUGAGCUCGUGAAGGGCCGCGCAAUGCCCAAAAGGAUCACUUGGAAACAAGAUGGCAAGGAAGACAAGUACAUGUACGGCACCGCGAUUGUACACUCAAUUCAUUGCUUGUAUUCGAUAAUGGCAGAAUACGAUGCCCUUGCCCUGGGCUUGAAGAGUUUGCCACGCGACACUUUACAUAUGGACCAUUGUUUCGACUACAUCCGUCAGAGCCUCAUGUGUGCCGGUGAUACUUCAAUUGCUGGAGAAGACUUUCCAGGUGGUAGCUACCAAUUUGAGGUGGUGCAUGUGUGCAGGAACUGGGAUCAAAUUUACGAUUGGCUUGAUGCCAACAGGGCGAGUGAUAAAUGGCAGUUUGGUGAGGAGGAGUUAUCGUGGGUGCCUCCUGACUAG